AUGUGGGCGUUCCGAGCAGCCAGGGAGCAUCAACUUGAGGCCCAAGAACGCAACUGUCGCAGUUACAAUCGCGACAAGACCGAUAAGCCGUUCGGUCUGGGCGAGAAAGUCUGGCUUCAUGUGCCGUCGGUGCGCAAGGAGCGCAGCAAGAAGUUCACGCGGCCGUGGCGAGGGCCCUAUCGAGUGGUUGAGAUUCGAGGUGGAUUGAACUACGGUCUGGUCAACACGCACAACCCGCGUGACCAUCAGUUCGCGCACGUCUCGCGGCUUAAGAAAUGGAUCGGCCCCACAGUGGACGACGGUGGAACUAGUGGUGCUCUUGGAACUACGAUGGAGUUGGCGGCGUUGGGCAUGUCGAGUGGAGGCGGCGGCGGCGGCGUCGAGCAUCGAGGCGUCACGGACGAGGCAGAGGAGGAAGGCGGGACGGCAGAAGACCGGGGGUCGGGUCUGACGGUGGGAGGGGAGCUCGCCUCGAUUACGGUUCCGAACUUCAAUCGAGCGGUCUCACGUUUGACGACCGUCACAACGGCGACCAUCGACCUGCCCUGGCUCAACCAGUCCACCCUCUACGAGCCCCCCGUGCGCCUGUGGGGUCACCACCUGGUGCAGAACGAGCUGGUGGUGGUGCGCAAGUUCAACGAGGUGGGCUACAUCGACUGGAUCGAGAACCUCGUGUGCUUCAUGAUCGAGCCUCAGGUCAUCUACUGA